GUGGAGGCUCGGGUCCACGGUCAGCCAAUAAAAUGUCUCACUGGCUGAGUGGGCGUGACUCCCACGUGGUCACUUUUGCUAAGAAACUAUCUCGACCUGGUGGCUCCUGAGUCAUCUGUGCCUCAUUGAAGCGGGCCGACCAUUGAGCCAAGAUGGCGGUGACUGAGCGUUUUUCUUCUUGGUGAAAACUAGAGCUUGGGGGCGGGUCUCUAAUUGCAUCACAGCUGAUCUGGAGGACCCCCCUCCCCCUAGUUGUUUUUUUUUUGCAUGCGAGUCGCUGGAGAAUUUCCUUAUUUUUUAUUUUACCUCGUUUGAGCGUUCAACAAUUAGACUGGCUUUCUUCUUCACGCCAUCAUUUUAGUUCAUACGGCCGCGCGCAGUUCCACGAUGCCCCUUAUUUUAAGGAAUAACGCUUUGACCGCACAUUUCAAAGGAAUCUUUUGUGAAUUCGAGUCAGCUUUGACCCAGUUUUGCCGUUCGCGGCUUUGCUUGUGUUAGCUACCAGCGGAGAUGUUUUCUACCAGCGAGGAGGUCACUUCCAGCUUGUUGAGCCCCGUGCAGGAGGACCCUGAAGGAGAUGCCAUCUCCCCCGUUUUGGAGCUGAGUCUCACCACCGCGUACACCGUCCUGUACUCGCUCCUCUUCGGCUUCGUCUACCUGCAGCUGUGGCUCAUUCUGCACUACGGAUACAAGCGCUUCAGCUACCAGAGUGCGUUCUUGUUUCUGUGUUUACUGUGGGCAGCGCUCCGGACGACCCUCUUCUCCUUCUACUUUGAAAAUGCGACGCAGGCCAUACAGCUGCAGCCGCUGGCCUACUGGCUGCUUUACUGCUGCCCGGUGUGCCUCCAGUUUUUCACCCUUUGCCUCCUCAACCUCUACUUCUGGCAGGUGGUGUUUAAGGCGAAAGCCAAAUAUUCCCCAGAGCUCACCAAAUACAGGAUUGCCCUCUCAGUGUUCUUGCUGUCCCUCUGUAUAUGUUUCCUCGUGGUGAAUUUAACGUGCGCAUUGUUGGUGCAAGGAGCUUUGGAGCGUUCAGAAUUGCCAAGUGACAGGAGUGUGAGACACGCUGUCCUGGCCCGCGUCCUGAUCAACGACAGUCUUUUUGUCCUGUGUGCCGUGUCUUUGGCAGUCUGCAUCUUCCGCAUUGCCAAGAUGUCCUCUGCCAAUGUUUUCCUCCAAUCCAAGGGGACGUCAGUGUGUCAGGCGACAGCUGUAGGAGCAUUGGUGAUUCUCCUCUACACAUCGAGAGCUUGUUACAACCUGGUGGUGGCGCUGUCUCCACUGGGCAGACCUGAUUUGUGCAACUACAGCUGGUACAGUGGUUCAGAUCAGGCUGAUGUUCUGAAGUUCAGCGAUGAGGCCUACAUGGUUUAUGGGAUUAUUUUAUUCUUUUGGGAGCUGCUGCCUACCAGCUUGAUGGUGCUUUUCUUCCGAGUCCAGAAGCCCAAACAGAACCUGCUCCCCACAGGAAUCCUCAACAGCCACACGUUCGGCUCCAGGGAUUCUUUUUUUGACAACCCAAGACGAUACGACAGCGAUGACGACCUGUCCAGAAGCAACAGGGGCGAUCGGGCCAGCCUGCCGUCCUCCACGGCGCAGCCCAGCUGCGUGUCCGGUUGGUACGGCUCCAUCCAGUGUACCGGGACCCUGGCAUCGACUCAGCCUUCCUCCACCGCCCCCCUCCUGUUCGCUUACGGAAACAUCCAGAGUGCCCAGCACCACCACCACAACUACUACUCCACUCCGCAAAGUAACCAACACCAUCACGGUUAUUAUCACUCCACCCCUCAGAACUGAAACCGAACGGAACUUAAAGCCCUUUCGUUUUGGAACCCAAUCAAGUUUCCCCCGCAACGCAUCGUGACUGAAUGUGAUCUGCAGCCGAUUCAUCGUCGCAAAUAUCAACACAGUACUACUUAAGUCGAUUUGCACCAUCUCAUUGUAGAUGUCACAGUAAUCCAGAAUAAGAUUGUUGCGGUCCACUGGAAGGAUAGUUUGGCCCCGCCCAAAAACUCUUUUAUAAGCUUUGCUGCAACCUUUAGCACUUGGAUUGUUUAUCCUCUGAAAGAGGGGGGGGAGACGUCACAUCAAAUCUCAUACUUUUCAUUCCUUAUGGAAAACCUUUGCACACAAUAUCGUCAAGUGAUGAUGUAUGUAUGGUAGUGGUGGACAAGUGAAGCUUCGUGAAGCACUUGUGUACGUUUUUGACUCCUCUAGAGGGCACUCUUGGGUUUAAAGAUGCAGUGGAAUUUUCAUACAUUUCCAUUGCAUUGCACGAACCUUUAUAUUUAAGCCAAGAGCACCAUCUAAAGGUGUCAAAAAGUAUCACAGGUGCUUCAUGAAGCUUCGUUUUGCCAUCGUAAAUGUAUGGAGUCGUUUGCAUGUUUUCGGGUGUAAGUCGGUAUGUUUGUGAUCUAAACGAUGAGAUGAAAUGCUUUUAUAUGCUUUUUUUUAAAAACAAAAUAUUCACCAUAGCUUUACCGAUUUAACACGUUUGUCGUUUUUGGUAAUUGCAUUUUUGUGUUUGGUGUCCGACCAAGCAAGUUAACAUGUUUGCGUGUUCAAUCUCAAAGUGAAUUCGAUGGGAUUCCGCCUCGACCUGCUUGAUAAACAGCACAGGCGAAUGGGCAGAAGGCCAAAAAUCUCAUGUUCUUGCCCCUCCACGCCCCAGGAAGACGUAAACUACAAUAGCUUGAGGUUUCAAUCACAGCCUUUCUUUUGCUGAAAGGUGAUCCCCCAAGGGAAAUUCCAAGUAGCAAAUACCGGUCCCGCAAGUGGGUACAGUUGAAACUCAAAAAGUCCCGCGGAAGCCGGUGCCUCCGCGUUCUUGAAACGUGGUCAGUUUGCAAAAUCGUCGUCGUUCAUAACCAGGACCAUACUGAAUGUAACCUUUUUUUGUGACAGACAAAUCACUAAUGUCAUGAAAAUCAAAUAAAUGUUUGAAUAAAGGCUUCCUGCACUGUUUCUGAGAAAA